UUAUUUGACACCAAUUUCCUUCAUUUUCCUCCCGACAUUGUGUUUCAUACCUUGCCCGACAUUCAAGAUAUUUCGAAAUUACUUCCUCACGACGACUGGAAUCUUGACAAGGAGGAUUGCUUGUACACAUGGUUUGAAAGCAUGUUGAAACUAUUGAUCAAGAAGGUUCUUUUUUUUUUUUUUUUAUUCUGUUAGAAGUCGUCUUUUUUAAGAAAGCAAAAAAAAAAAAAAAACUCAUUCUUAUUAUCUAGCCAGCUGUCAGUGCAAUGCAACCUAAAUUAUCCUUUUUCGAGGAUAGGAAGGGUAAAAAACGAGUACUAUUGGACGAGGAAGAUGAAGAAGAGGAAAUAAGUUUGCCCAAAGCCAAGAAAUUUGCUAGUGAAAAGGUAAAGAUUGACGAUGACUUGGAUGAUUUUGAUUUGGAGUACACGAAAAAUCCCAAAAGCGAGGAUUACAGAACCAAGUAUAAGGAUGAUUACAAAGAUACUAGCAAGGAGGAUUACAAAAUCAAGUAUAAAGAAGAUUAUAAGGAUAUCGACAAGGAGGAUUACAAAAUCAAGUAUAAAGAUGACUACAAGGAGACCCAAAAAAUCCAUGACAUCAUGGACUUUGAAGAGGAUGACAGCAUCAUACUUAACGAUGAUUACAAGGUCAAGUACAAGGACGAUUACAAAAUUGAGGAAAAGAAGGACUACAAGUCAAAGUUCAAGGACGAUUAUAAGGACAGUUUGUUUUCUGAUGACGAUGAUGAUUUAGAUAUUCAUACGAGCAGCUAUUUUAAGGAACUAAAGAAACCUCCCACACCGAAAAAAGCAUCCUUUGGUUCUAUCCAGGCGAAUUUAGCUUCCUUUCGCAGUAAGAAAAAACCUGCACCGGCUGCAGAUAUUUUUUCAUUUCCCUCAGAUAAGAAUGAAGAUGUCUUGCCUGUUUCAUCCAUACCAUCCCCUCAAAAACAACGUAGACCACUACAGAAUCACCAUCAUCAAACCAAACUUUUCGAUUUAGGCAGUGUAAAGGAAAGGCAGGAUGAUUUUAGAAAGGUGUUUAUGACAGCCUGGUUAACCAAAUACCGAGAUCAAAUCAUGGUCUACGAUUCCAAAGACUAUGCCUAUUUCUCACUGUACAUGACCAUCAAAUUGCCCGUGUUAUGUGAUGAAUGGGCAGAAUUUAAAGAAUUUAAAUCCAUCUCCAUUGAGAAUCUAGGGACGGGUGUCUCAUUACCUAAACCACAAGCGCCCCUCAUCAUUAGUUUUAAUAUGGAGCCAGGUACUUUUCCAUCAAGUAAAUUAAAGAUAAAAUUGAUAUCUGUGAUGAACACCACUUCACCAGGAUCUUCAGACCCUGAGACUGAAUCGUUUGAAUUUCAAGUCAAUCAAAAAGGAAAUAUGGAAGAAACCAUGAAGGCUAUCAUGCGUAUAAUUAAAGGGAAAAUUCCUAAAUUUCACUUACAAAUGGCAAGAGAGUAAUGUAUAAACUGUAAAUAUACCCCUAUCUAAAUAAAAUUUGUGUACAGUAAAAGCAA